UUGAGGUGGUCAGCAGUGAUUCGACUUUUCCGAGUAGGACUUGGACUUUGGAUAUCGCACUUCGGAUACUUGGGAUACUUCGGACAGGAUCAGGAUGCUCCGAGGACUGCUGGUGCUCCUGCUGGUGGCCGGGAGCCAAGUGGAGGCGGCCACCCAUGUCAACAUCUCGAUUGCCCAGCAGCCGGCCACGAAUCCGGCGGACGUGAAGUACCUGGAGGGCAGUGCGCCGGCGGAGCUGAGGGCAGGUCCGCAAAAGGACGGGGAUCAGCAGUUCCAGCGCAUCCAGGAGCGGCAGCAGCAGGUGCAGACCCAAGCCCAGCAGCAGCAGCAGCAGCAACAGCAGAUCGGGAUGCAAGCCCAGCAGCAACAGGUGCCCCAGCAGCUGACUCCCCGCCAGGGAUUGGGACUGCAGCCCCCGCCUCAGAGCCAGCCACCCAUGUCCAAGAACGGCCGUCUGCCCCGCCGCAGGAACCACAACCGACGCCCCUCUGUCCACCAACAGCCUCCGAUGGCCCACAGCGGACAGUUCCGGCAGAGGAACCAGCAGCUCCGCCAGAACCAGGAGUUCGAGCGCUACAUCCAGUCGUACCACAGCCACGGACCCACCGUGGAAACGGUGUACGAGUCAUCGAAUCCCACUCCCCAGCGCUACACGCAAUCCAGCUCGGGAGUAAGUGCCUCCUCGGAUGACGGUGCUCCCCAGAAACUGGUCCACAUCGACAGUCAUCGCUCCCAGCAGCUGAGGAUGUUCGAGCGCCAGGUGGCGGCUCCUGUUUCCAGUCAGGUGCAGCAGGUGCAGAGUGCCAAUGUGGAGGCGGCGCAGGACAGCAAGCCCAUCUACGAGCCACCUCAGGCUCCCAUCCAGACGGCAAGCAUUGCGCCGGCGGUGAGCUCCAGUUCGUCUUCGUCGGGAGGCAGCAGCUCCUCCUCGUCGAGUGCUCCUGCUCCCGCAGCUCCGUCCCUGCCCGCCGACCCCUCCUCGGGCUACGAUUCCGCGUCGGGCUUCAAUCCGGCCACCAGCUACAACCGUCCCUCGUACGAUCCCAACGGCUUCAGCUAUGAGGACGCCCAGGAGGUGGACUACCAGGACCAGUAUCCCCCGGAGGUGGACGAUGGCCCGGGCUACGAGGACUACGCCGAUCCGGCGGGAUCGGGAUACCAGGGGGGAUCGGGCUACCUGCCUCCCGCUGCCCCGCGAGGAUACUCUCCCCCGCAACGUCCCCUGGUCACCAAGACCAUCCAGAUAGUGCAGCCCGCCCUGAAGGCCAAGAAGUACGAGGUGCGCCACCCGGCGAUCCAGAAGGAGUUCUACGACAUCGAGGAGCGGGUGGUGAUCAAGCCCGCUGGCACGCUGGUGGUCGAGCUGGAGCACCCGGUGGCCAAGAUUCCCAAGGGGGAGACCCUCCUGCCCCUGGGCCAUCCCCAUCCCGCGGUGGCCUCCGCCUACAGCAACAACAACAACAAUGGUCAGAUCCAAGCCCAGACGUUCGCCAACGGGCCGGAGUAUAGACCUUCCUAUGACGCAGCUCCGGCUGGCAAGGAGCAGCAGACCACGACCAUCGGCUCCAGCGUGACCACGAUGCCCUCCUACGACCAGGCCCCCAAGGACGAGUUCGUGGAGUCCCGCCUGCAGCAGCCACAGCCCCUGGGAGACGUCACCGACGGGGGCAAGGGCUCCUUCAUAUCGGCGGUGGACUCCAAAGGGAACGCCAUCAAGAUCAACUCGAAGCACCUCUCGCCCGGCAUGAUCCAGCGGGCGGAGCCGGAGCAGGACUACUCGCGGUCCGGCCAGCGGGUCUACCAGCAGAGGAACCAGCAGAGCUUCGGCCGGCAGCCGUACAACGAGGACGACGACUACUUCUCCGGCGAGUACCUGCCCAACGUGAGUGCCGGCAGUGUGGAGGCCAAGCCGGCGCGACUGGAGCUGGCCGGCGAGAAGGAGGAGCUGGAGCGGCCCACGCAGAUCAUCAAGCACGAGCACAAGAUCCACCUGCCGCCCUCGCAGCACAACAUCUACCUGGGCCGCAGUCGCCAGACGCCUCUGAAGGAGCGCCGCCUCCAGGAGGUGCCCGCCCAGGUGACCGAGAUCAAGCCCUACCUGCGGAGCCACGCCGGCCCCACAGUGGUGUACGCCAAGUCCCAGGCUCCCCGCGCCUACUACAGCCAGCCCUCCAGGCAGCGGGUGGCCGAGGAGCUGGACUACAGCGCGCCCUACUCCCAGAUGAGGUUCAGUCCGGAGGGCCAGUCAUCCCGGCUGGUGGAGGCGCCCAAGCGGCAGGAGGAGGAGCCCAAGGAGGAGAAGCAGCAGAAGCAGCAGCAGAACACCCACAUCCAGAUCCAGAUAGCCAACGACCAGGAUAAGUCGGCUGUGGUGGCCACCACCAUUGCUCCGGACUGCGACAGGGGACAGCAGAGAUCCGAGCUCCGGGAGCACAAGUCCCAGCGCCUGGUGGAGGCGCCCAAGGUGUCCGAGGGGUCCGUCUCCGCCACCCAGGCCACGCCAUCGCAGUCGAAGGCCCAGCCGGACGUGGAUGUGUCCCUCAACGGGGCCGCCGGCCACCUGAAGCCCAACGAGCGCGUGAUCGCCGCCACCCCCGCGCCCACGGAUGCGGCAGCCACCAGCGAGACCUUCCACAAGCGGCGCAUCGUGGUCAACCACCCGUUCCAAACGGUGCGCGAGGUGGUCGAGCACGAGCCCUUCACCAACUACCACCAGAUCCAGGUGAACGAGCCGGCUCCCCCGUCGCACUACCACCAGGCCUACUACCAGCCGGCCGCCCAGACCCACGGGAGUUUGGUCCACUUCCAGACCUCGUCCACGCACGGCAACCUCUACGCCCCGUACGGGUAACCUAGGAUUGGGCGAACCUGAUCCUAGUGCGAGAUCGAACCGCGAACGAACACGGACAAUGCAUUUCCUCUGCUAAUUGUUAUUUAGUUUUAGGCUAGAUGCUAGGCUAGCACCCAAUCCGGUGGAAGGGCCCUUUCCAUUACGACGCGACCCUGAUCUUCUCAUUACUUCGGUUUAAGC